AUGUCCGCGAAGCUGCGCCAGGUUGCUCUGGCAACAAUACUUCUACGCGCUGGCCUUAGUUUCGAUCCCGCGGUGGUUAGGGUUAGUGGCGCGGGAGGAGUUACUCAAAUGGCCAUCAUCCCCUGCCUCACCGAAGCCUUCUCAACUACGGUUAUCUGCAAGAAUCUCUUGGGCUGGUCCUGGGCGUGGGCUGCCAUGUUAGGCAUCUGCGUUAGGACCGUGCGCGAAGUGAUACGCAUAAUUUGUACCAUACUACCGGCAUGCUGUCUUUUGAAAACCACGACAACCUCUGUGCCCUCAUUGCCAGAGGCCUGUGGUUCUGCCGGGAAAAAUACCCCAUGA